AUGGCCUCAGCAGCCUUUCUAGCCGAGCUCCAAGCAGAGGCCAGCUGCCCCAUCUGCCUGAAUUACCUGAGGGACCCAGUGACCACCGACUGUGGGCACAACUUCUGUGGCUCCUGCAUCCACCAGUGCUGGGAAGACCUGCAGGACAUCUUCCCCUGUCCCGUCUGCCUCCACCACUGCCCUGACAACAGCCUCAAGAGGAACACCCAGCUGGGCCACAUGACUGACAUUGUGAAGCAGCUUCCCACCACGAGGAGCAAGAGGAAACGGCAGGAAGAGAAAGCCCUGUGUGAUCAGCACAGUCAGUUUCUGGACCUGUUCUGUGAGAAGGACCUGGGGCUCUUGUGUCCCCAGUGCAGGGUCUCAUCUGAGCACCGGGGUCACCUCCUGAUGCCCAUUGAGCAAGCUGCAGCUAUUCAGAACUUCACGGUGAAGCGAGAGCUUGUGCUGUUGCCUGCUCUGGCCUGGACCGAGGAGGACACGCCCGAUCUGCAAGGACGGGAGCAGCUGUCAGUCCGAGCUGCUGCCGAGGGAACCACCGCCCACGCUGGGGACAGAAGGGCGGCUCAUAUAUACGGGCAGAGCCGGACCCAGGGAGAGCGCAGGCACCAGGUAGAUUUGACACUAGAUCCUGAAACUGCCCACCCGAGUCUUGUUAUCUCAAAAGACAGAAGAAGCGUGAUAUUCAGUGAGACAUUCAAACCAAGCAAGCCCCUGGGAGGGACCACACCCUCACGCUAG